AUGGCCAAUUCACAUCGCGCCAUUUUCUUCACAAUAUUACUACUUCUAGCUGUUGCAGCAGCUGCCACGGCCUCCUCCGCAGGCUUCUCUCCGCUAUCUCCUUACUACUACUCCAAAAUCUGCCCCAAGGCCUUACCUGCCAUUCGACGCGUCGUCGAGGCUGCUGUCUCCCGCGAGCGCCGCAUGGGCGCCUCUCUUCUUCGCCUCCACUUCCAUGACUGCUUCGUCCAGGGCUGCGAUGGGUCGAUCCUCUUGGACGCGACGCCAACGAUCGACAGCGAGAAGACGGCCCUCCCGAACAACAACUCGGCCCGAGGGUUCGAAGUCAUCGACAUGAUCAAAGCCGAGGUCGACAAGGCCUGCGGCGGCAAGCCCGUCGUGUCCUGCGCCGACAUCCUAGCCGUGGCCGCGCGUGACUCGGUCGUGGCGCUAGGCGGGCCCAGCUGGGAGGUACAGCUAGGCAGAAGGGACUCCACGUCAGCGAGCAGGACCACAGCGAACAACGACAUACCGUCGCCGUUCAUGGACCUCCCCGCGCUGAAAAGCAGCUUCCAGAAGCAAGGGCUCAACGAGCGUGACCUCGUGGCGCUGUCCGGGGGACACACCAUCGGGUUCUCGCAGUGUCAGUUCUUCAGGAACCGGAUCUUCAACGAGACGGCGGACAAUAUUGAUGCGGAGUUCGCGAGGGAGAGGAGGGCAAGCUGUUUCGCCGGCUCCGGGGAUGCCAACCUUGGCUCGCUGGACGGUUCGCCGGCGAGGUUCGACGGUUCGUAUUUUAAGAACUUGGUGGAGAAAAAAGGGCUGCUUCACUCCGACCAGGCGCUGUUUGCGGGUGGGUCGACCGACUCGGUUGUGAAGGGUUACGGUUCGAACAAUGGGCGGAGCUUCUGGUUCGAUUUUGCGAGCUCGAUGGUCAAGAUGGGGAAUAUCAAGCCGUUGACCGGGAACCUCGGUCAAAUUCGGGUCAACUGCAGGAAGGUCAACGCAUGA